AUGAUCAAUAGCUACCCCGAUUGCUCUGUACUUAUUGUUGUCGAACUACCAGGGCAUGUUAUCAUAAACAUGGUACUAGAACAACCGUUAUAUCAAUCCCACUUUACUCCUUCCAAGAAAUUAGGGUUUAUUUCCCAAUCCAAAAAGGAACAAAAUGUCAAUGGUGAACAAUCAAGGGUUAGGGCUUUUGCUACACCCAAAAAGAAGCAGUUUUUGGGAAGUGAAUCUCUCUUUUGUUAUGAAAGAUCGUUGCUUGAAGCUCUGCCUCAAGAAAUCUUGAUAAAGAUAUUGUGUGGGGUGGAUCAUGAUGAUUUGAAGAGGCUUUUCCACGUAUCAAAACCGAUCCGAGAAGCUGCUUUGAUUGCAAAAAAAUUGCAUUUUGAAUAUAGUACACCUAAAAAGAUCCCCGCUUUUAGGUGUUCAUUGAAUCUAGAGGAAUUCCCAUCAAGAGAUUUUGACGAAAUUGAAGCUCCAAAUGCUCCAAAACAAUCUAGGGUUUCUCGUUCUCGCCUGACGAAAAAAAACCUGGCUGCUAUUACUGUGUCCUUGUUUGCUUCGUACCCAUCAGACGAAUAACAAUGACACAAAUAGCAGCCAACUAAUAACUUAUUUAUGCAGAUAGUAUCGUAAAAAACAACAAUGGUGCAUCGAGAUCCUUCGGUUUUGACAAUGAUGUGUUUAGGGUUUUUUGUAGAUAGGUUUUGGGUAUACAUUUGUUUGUAGUGUGUUAUAUGUGCUAUUAUGAGUUGUACUUUGGUCCUUCAAUAUUUUAUUGAAGAUGAGUGAGUGAUUUAGGGGUUUGUACAUUUAGUGUAAAAAGAGUUAGGAAUAUACAACCAAUAGUUUUGUUGGGGGGUUCUUUCUUGAUUUAAUAAAAAGGUUUGGUGGUGG